AUGAAAGGAAUAUGUGUUUCAAUUGAUUGCGAAACCUUAAUUUUCGAUUUAGAGUUUCAUCCCAAAUUAGAUAUGAUAUGUGCAGGUUUAUUUAAUGGAAAUUUGAUAUUAUAUAAAUUAAAUGAUGAUAAAAAAAAAUUUCAAAAAAAAUGGGACGUAUAUAAUCAUGAAAAAGCAUUAAGGUGUGUUACAUUUUCAAAAAAUGGUAACAAAAUUUUAGCUGCAUCAUCAGAUAAUAAUUGUUCAAUAACAGAUAUUACAGGAAAAGUUUUAUGGAAAAACAAGUGUCAUGAUUUUACAAUAAAUUCAAUUUUAUUCACAAGUUCAAAUACUUUUUUAACAACUGAUGAAAGAGGGUUUAUAAAACAUUGGGAUUUAAGAGAUGAGUCAAGAAAUCCUAUACAUAAGAUAAAAGAAUUUGAUGAUACAAUAUCAAGUAUGCUACUUGAUCCUGAUGAAAAAUCUGUUGUUAUUUCAAGUGGGGGUUAUAUAGCACUUUAUGAUAUUCUUAAUAAAAAAAAAAUUUCCUCUCAUAGCAUUUCAACAGAAUAUGAUGAUGAAUUUUUAAGUUUACAGUUUAUUGCACACAAUACGAAAAUAGCAUGUGCAACAUUAAAUGGAUACAUUACAAUUUUUUCUAAGAAACAUUGGGGAAACAUUGAAGGAAAACUGAAAGCUAGUAAAGAUAUAAUUAAUACUUUUGUUAAAUUAGAUGAAUAUACCAUUUGUUAUGGUACAUCAGAUGGAAUAAUAAAAUCUGCUCAUCUUUUACCAAAUAAAAUUGGUAAAAGUAUAGGUAGACACAAUGGAAAUGAUAGUAUUGAAAAGUUAGCUAUUAAUAAAAAGAAAAAUUUAUUAGCAAGUGUAUCACAUGAUAAUUCUAUUAAAUUUUAUCCAAUUGAAAUAAAAAAUUCACAUAUAUCAAAUAAAAUGAAAAAGAGAACAAAAUCGUUCUUUCGUGAUUUAUAA